AUGCCCAACCAACAAGGUCUUUCACCUUCUGUAGUGAACAAAUGUAGCGAAGGAGUCAGUCGAGUCCUCUACAUAAAUCUGGGUGACAACCAGGAGAAUCGAUCUAACAAGAAAAAGGAACUCCAUCCUUUAAUACUUAAUCUGGGAUGGACUUCACCACCGGGCCGUGGAGCAGGACCACGAACCGCCAGCCAAUUUUAUUAUAUGCGCAAUGAUCGAAUCACAGACCAACAUCUUGCAGAAAAUAUACAGAUUAUGCUUGAUGGAUUCAGACACAAAGGUUUUGAGUUCGCAAUCUUCAAGCCAGUUUACACUAAGGAUAAGGAGGACUGCUUGGAAACAUUUAAUCAAGUGUUUGGAAUGAUGGAAUAA